CCCUCCUUCCUUCCCUCCUUCCAUCCCUCCUUCCCUCCCUCCCCGGCCCGCCCCGCCCGCCGCGGGCUCGGCGCCUCCCGCAGCCGCUGAGCGCGGCGGCCCCAGCGGCAGCCGCGGGUCGUGCGCGGCCGCCGGAGCGUGAUGGGUCCAGCUGGAAAGAGCUUUCUGAUGGCACAGCUGUGAAUGAAACCAGCACAACAUGUUCAGUGUUGAAGACCUCCUGAUUUCUCAUGGAUACAAAUUGUCGAAAAAUCCCCCUGUUUCAUAUGAGAACAGAUGUGAUGGAUACAGGCAUGAAAUCACAGGGAGCAGAUCUUCUCAGAGAACAGCACUGAACGGGAUUGAAGCAGAAUCCAGAGCUGGGGCCAACAGCAAGAAACCUCUGGUGAAAACCAGCUCGAGCAGCACUGAAAGCAGCCAUGGGAGCCAAGGGAGGCAAGCAGGUCCUGGUUACCACCAUGACCUUCAGGGUUUGUCCACUUUUCAUACUUCAGAAGGGGGGGUUUAUGAUAGGCCUCAUUUAGCAUGGUCUUCCCAGCCCAAGACUGAUAAAGAUCUUGCCUACUGGAGAAGACGAGGACAGGACUUCAGUGUGCUACUGGGCUAUUCCCAGAAGGCCAGUGUGGAGAUGAAAGGCCUGGCUGCAGCCCCAAGGGCACCCCGGCACCCCAAGGAGAAUCAGCUGAAGGUGGGGAUGGGUGCAGGGUAUGUCAGAAGAAGUGGCUUGCAGGAAAGCUGUGAAGUGCCCAGCAACUGCAAAUGGCAAAGUCUGGAAGUAGAAAGCUGGAACCAGCCAAAAAAGGUAGGGAGGCAAAUGUCCGAGGGUGACAGGGAGAAGCUGCUUCAAGAGCUGUAUUCGCUGACCCUGGGAGACAACGUACUCAGCACCCAGAGCAGGGGGAAAUCGCAGUCAUUGCCAAGGGUCCUUUCACCUGAGAGCAUGAGGUGCGUGGAAAUGCCCUCCCUGACCAGCAGUAACAACUCGCUGAGCGUCACUAAAACCCCCUCCUAUGCCCCAAACAGACUGAGUGUGGAACCAGCCAAGCACCAUGGAGCGGGAGGCCAUUUCCUUCCCCUGGUGAAGCCCAAGUAUGGGAGACCUCUCAAGCCUCCAUCCUAUGAACUGCAGCGGCAGACUAGGGCACCUGCAGAAACUGAAGGUUUCCAGGACCACUACCAGAAAGAGGAACCUAUUUCCUACUUAGCCAAAGUCAAUGAGCCAAGGCAAGAUUCUGGCAUUCCAGACUCUGGUUUGGAGCCUCCAGUGUACGUACCUCCUCCUUCUUACAAAUCCCCACCUCACCAACACGUGACCCCACGUUCCCCCAGUGAAGUGCCUAACACCAACACGUGCGCCAGCAGUGAUCCACAGGGUCCUGCAGAGCGGGUUGUCCCCUGCCAACGACCAGCCAUGAAUACCUUUGAAGUGGGGGGUGACCCUUGCAAAGACAACCAUUUUCCUCAUGGGAAGCAAAGCCAUGCAAGGCACCCUGCUGACCACCUGCGUUCCAUUCAAUAUAUUCCCUUCGAUGAUCCUCGGAUACGACAUAUUAAAAUUGCACCACUGGAAGGUCUGCAGGGCAACUCUAACCACACUGAAAAUGCACGUAGUCCCAGUUCUGGUGCUUUGCAAGAGAGAAAUCUUGAAGUACAGUACAACAGUGCCUUUGUGAAUGCAUCAAACUUGUCCAGUUCAGCAAAGGGAGAAAGAACUUCCAACAGCUCCACCCAUAGCAACAGAUGGUUGGCACCAUCCAUCCGAGAUCAGGAAAAUUGUGCCUUGCCGGACCAAAGAGACAAUUGUAGAGCAACUAAUCACAGCCCCCGUCAUGAAGCCAGCACAGAGUAUACGAAAGGCAAACUUUCUGUGAGAAAUUCACAUAUGGACAACACCUGUGAGACUGUUACAAAAGUGAAAAAGUUUGAACCUGGAACUGGGAUGCAGAGCAAAAAGAGUUCAAAGAAAAAAAUGAAUGAAACUAUAUUUUGUUUGGUCUCCAUCCCAGUUAAAUCAGAAUCCAAUCUGCCAGAUACAGAUAGGAACAACAACAUAACUCAGAGCCCUGAUAAGAAUAGGUUUGAUAACAAUGGGGCUUUGCAAGAACAAAGUCUCUUAAGUAUGUCUUCAACAGACUUGGAGUUACAAGCGCUUACAGGAAGCAUGACCAAUAAAAAUGAGUUACAAAAACAAGAGCUGUGGAGACCAGAAGAGUUCAAACAAAUGAAUGACCUCAGAUUUAUUCAGCCUACAAAACACAGAGAGCUCAAAUAUUCUGGCUCCUGGCCAGGUGAUCAGUACAAAGACCAGCAGACACAGACCAGUUUCUCUGAAGAACCUGAGAGCCCACAAUUUUUCCAUGGUACAAAGCCUGGGAAGCCUGAUAGUAGCAAACCGCUAUCUCCAGAGCUCCCGGGAUGUACAGCAUCCACAAUGGGGGCAAAACAGACAGGAUCACCUUCUGAUGAGAGAGGCUGUAGGCAGAGUGGCUACAGUAUGAAGGGCCAGACACACCUCAGCCAGUCUAGCAACAGUGCAUUUUCCAGGACUGCCACCUCAGUCCUUCAGUCUCCCUCCCCAAAAGCCCACCAGAGCCCGCCUGUGCCUGUCCAAGAGAGGGAAAAUGGCCUUUCCAAGGGAGAUGUAGUUAAGGGAGAACCAGGUGCUCCCUGCAACAAUAAAGAACCAUUUGGGCAGUUCCUUUUGAAACCUGUAAGUCGCCGUCCCUGGGAUGCAAUAAGUGAGCUAGAAAGUUUUAACAAGGAGCUGCAAGGGCAGGAAGAGAGCACAAGCAGUGAAGAAGAUUUAGAAAGUGCUACAGCUCCUCUGCAGGCAGGUACCUUUAUGCAGAGGAGGGAGUCCAGAAAUGAGAAAUCAAGCCAGGAGCCAAAACAUGGUGGGAAAUCAGGAAUGGUUGUGCCAGAGGUGCCUGUAUUUAGGUCAGGAAGGGUUAAAAGUAAGUCUGAAAGUUGGAGCAUGGGGACAGAACAUGGUGGCGAGCCAAGAUGCGUUGGCUCUCAAGGCUUCUCAAAGCCAGGAGGGAGCAGUGAAGGAGUCAGGCCAGCAGAUGUAAGUCUGAUAACAGAAAUGGGGAUGGGGGAAGCCAAGAGCAGAACAAGCAAACAGCCAGUUCAUGUGGGCCCUAUCAAAAGAGUUUUGUCCAGUAGCCCAAGUAAUUCAUGUCACAGUAAUCCUUUCAAUAACCCUCUCUUGCAGGAGAUGAGUGAAGACCAAAAUUACCUAGACUUUGUUAAACUGAGCAAAAGUGCAACUCCCACAAAUGAUAGGGUAUUAGAGAGAGGGUCAGCAGUACGCUUGUCACUAACAAAGAGGAACCAAGGGUGCUCUGAGCCAGAUUUGAGGUCAGUGGGACUUGAUGUGGCCCCAGAACUUGGUGCUAACAGCUCUGAUCACUCUUCAGAUGGAAAUGCAGUGGAAAUCCCUGUGAAUGAGUCAUUGCAGGCAAGAGCUGCAAGAAUUUUAGGUAUAGAUAUAGCAGUGGAGUCUCUCCUUCCAGAUGACCAUGUUGGGUCCCAUCCAGGCACUAGCCCUUCAAACGGUGCUCAGGACCUUGAGUCAUCAAUGAUAGGAAGCACAGCAAGUAACAAAGAAGGAAAAAAAGAAGAUUCAUAUGAAGGCAGACGAAAGUGUGGCUGGACAGAGAGUGCUCUCUUUGUCAGAGCAGGAGGACGAUCUUUAUACCCUGAUGAAUGCUGGGCCACUCACCAGGAAGCCAGUGCUAAACCACAGGUGACUGAGCAAACUCUUGAACAACCUGUGAGUCCCAGCCAAGGUGAGAACCAAAACGUGGUUUGCAAGUCAGCUGCUUAUCAGCAUUCAGAAAAGAGAGUGAGGAGCACCUCAAAAGUGAUAGAGACACUCCAAGGCAAGCUGACAUCUCCACCCAGCCGGACUGCCAUGGAUCGCUUGGUGCGAAUGAAAGAAGUUGACUCUGUGUCGCGGAUGAGACGUCUGAGCAUUAAGAGCGCAGACUCGGCAGAGGAGGUGGAUGAGGAGAAGCUGUCAAAGGUACCAGAGGAAAAAGGAAGCAAACUGGCAAGCUCAGGGGCUGUUUCCAAGCGUGUUAUCUCUCUAAGUGAAAAUGGAUGUUUAGGUGGAAUGGACAAGAAGAAGAUUGACAGAGAUUUUUCUUUAGAUACGUAUGACCCCACCAAAGUUGAAAAGGUGUGAGAUUAAUGAAGAGGAGAAUAGAGAAGUUUCUGCUCUACUAAGAAUGUUUCACUGAUUUUUUUUUCUGGGUGCUUUUUGUUUGGUUUUUGUUCUUUAAUGUAUGGAAAUUGUCUCCAUUUGUGAUAUUCAUGGUGUACUGAUAAUGCCUUUACCACUGCCACUAGGAAUUAGCUAUUCAUGUCUGAAACUGUUGCAGAGACCACAGAAAAAUCUGACUUCUACGUUGGAACCAUCUGGCUCUGUAGUGUUUAAGACAAUACCUACCACUGGCAAAGAAUUUUCAUCCGAACUUUAUUUCAGUCUUUAGCAAGGAUGAUGAAAUGCAUCAAGUGAGUUGUUACAUUGGUGUAAAUGUAAACGUGGGAGAUUAGUGAAAUUAUUUUUAAAAGAAUGUGAAUUAUAAGCUAAACUUCUGAGUAUCUGCAUUCUAAACUUUGUUUAACUUAAGGGAUUUUUUGGCCAAAAGUAGAAAGUGCUGCUGCACUGUGUGGAGGAAGAAUGUGAAAGAAUGGUAGCAAAGACUGAUUGUGAAAUUAUGUCUGACUUCCAGAGUUUGUAUUUACUGCGAUUAAAUACUUACUUGCCACCUAGAAAGAAGAAAAACAAGAUGCAAAAGCUUCUAAAAGAUGGAAGACUUUUGUAGUACAGUGUACAGAACAUGUAAUUAUAGUAGCUGGCAACUAUGUUUCAAACCAAUGCAAAGUAUACCACUGGCUGUUUUGCACUCAGUAUUACCUAUUUUUGUUUUGCUGUUUAGAAAUUCUUUAUAUGAAAGAAUAGUAGCUGGUUUAAAAUAGCCCAUUUUAACAAAGUAACUAUAUUUCUUGUUACAGAAUACUAUCUAUUUUUCUACGAUGUAAACAAUUGCUAACAAGUGGCAAGUAUAAAGAAGUAUUAUUAUUAUUAUUGUUAUAUUUUAAGAAGACUUAUUCCUCUGAGUGAAGGUGCCCCAAGCAGAUUUCACUUGUAUAUCUUAAUGCACACACCAUAUUGCCACUUACUCAGUAGUGCUACCUUAUUUUGUUCUAAAAAAAAGCCAUCUAUCUAUCUAUCUAUCUAUCUAUCUAUCUAAUCUGUCUAAUCUAUCUAAUCUAUCUAUUAACUACAGGGUUAAUUUCUAAUUUUUCCCACUCAACCCUUGGAUUGUUCUUCUUGGAGCCACUUUCUGAAACACACUGAGAACUCUCUAGGCUGGUGCUGCUGCCAUUCCGUUCUAGGGACGCUGAUUACCAAAAAGUGGGUUUGGAUCUUUGUCCCGAUGUUGCCGAGUGGCUCAGAUAAAAUACCUGCUUGCUUCCUUAUACUUUGUUCCCUUUUACCGAUUAUGAGUUUGGAUUAGGCCAGUGCACAAAAAUAAGCAAAACUGGGUUCUUCCCUGAAGUCACAAGGUGUUGCUGGGGAGAAGUUCAGGUGUCUUUUUGAUGGCAUUUAAAUAUAUGGCUUUAAAUAUAUUUUAUCUGCACAAACAAAUGCAUGAAUUACAGAAUUUAUAAUAAAGCCUAUGCAUUCUGCCCUUUGAUCCUGAAUUAGCCUGCUUAGUAUCUGUGUCUUAAAAGCCUUUAUGUACAUUCCUGUAUGUUUUUGUAAGUACCUGUGUACUAACAUUCUUUUGAUGACUUGUUCAUGUAUUCACCAGUCCAUUUUAUUGGCCUUUUCUGGGUUUUAGAAUAAUUUUAUUUUUUAAAAUCUUGUAAUUUCUUGAAAUAUUUUUUCCUACGUCUGUAAUUUGGAAAGAACGAUCGGGAAAAACACUCAUCCUGUGUUUUGGCAGCAAGAGUUUCUUGUCUGUAACACAUAAUUCUGUUACAUAUGGACUAUUUAAAGCUUGCUUGAAAAGAAAAUGUGGUGUAUAAUUUAUUUUAUUAACUCUUGUGCAUGCUGUGAAGGAAUACUUGUUGACAAACUGUUCCUACCACUCUUACUAUAUUCACCUUGCUUCAUCACCAUCUAGAACAUCCAGGGGCUUGUAAAUAGCUACAAAACAUGUUUUCCACCCCCGAUGCCUCCCCACCUGAAUCCUGCCCAUAAAAAACAGUUCUGAAAGAACUUCAUCAACUCUCAUCUUCCCACUUACCAGAUAAGCUGAGAUGUGUAGCAAUUAAUUGAAAGUUUUAAUUUAACCUUGAUUGCUGAAGAACUGUAAAUUGUCCCGUAUAGACAUUUCUGUUACCUUCUGUUUAUGUCUACAUGGAACAGAAGUUUUCUGUGCAUUUUAUUUUUUCUUAUUAUAGGAAUAGGUUAUUUGAUUCUCCAGUGUGUCUGUUUCAUCAGUCAUGUCAAAUAAUUACUUUUCCAAAGCACACAAAACACCCAAGAUCUUAAAAAAAAAAAAAAAAAAAAAAAAGAAAAAAAGAAAAAGGCAACAAUACUGCAGGGAAAGUUUUAUUGGCCAAAACCAAAAAAUUAAAACCUACAAAGUGAGUAAGCUUUGUUUUGCAGUUGUAUGUGACUGACCAGUGGAUGAAGGAGAAGAGUUAGUACUCUUUUAGAAAUGGUGUAUUCCUCUAACAACUAUGGUACUUUCAUUUAAUACUAUGACACAGACAACUGAGAAAUGCAUAAGGUACACUUUUCUGAACAGUUUUGCCUCAGUGUUUCUACAGGUCAGCUAUUGGAAUGGACUGGAUCAUACCAUAGCUAAACUACCUUUCCAGAAACCUUUUGCCAGUUUGCAGUCAACAGAGAGCCCCUUUUAUACCAGACAUGGUUAAAAAGCAGUAAAUGGUAACUGCCAGUGCCUGUCUCAGUGGUACUUAAAACUGUCUUGGCAACAGCUGUCACUGGUAAUGGCAACAGCAGGAGCUCAGGGCUGAGCGGGUGCAGAGGUGGAGGAUGCCAAAGGCUGCUUCCAGUGCCUCGUGCAAUGCAAGCACAGUGAAAAGUGAGGAUAUCUGCCUUUGUUCUAGGGAGAAGAGCAGAGCUAGAGCCUCAGAAAUUACGUUUUUACAACGUGCUAUGUAUCCAGCUUGUGCUGCUGCUAUGCUGUUAUAGCUGGGGAAGCUGAGGUCAGGGGAAGAUACUGUUUCAUGACCAUUCUCAGAAAUUCAUGAAAAAAAAAACCCAAUUCAUACAUUUAAAAAAUAUUUAAUGGGGACACUCGAGACCUGGAUGGCUAAAGAGGACCUGCCAUCUCCUUCUCAUUGCCCUGCUGAAAGACAGAAAGGAGGGUCACAUCCUGAGGGGCUUGUACCAGUAACAGCGGCUGGUGGCAGGGAGAUAAAACCACGACAUUCCAAGUUCCUAUCUCCUAUCUAAUGAAGAGAAGCCAUCCGUGAGCUCCGGGGCUGCUGAACGGCCCGAGCCCCGCGGACAGGGCAGGACGGCCUCUCCCGGUGGGCAGAGGCAGGGGGAGCGGGAGCGGGAUCGGGAUCGGGAGCGGGAAGGGGGGACGGGCGGGCUCUGCCCGGGAGCGACGCAUCUGGGGAGGACAGCGCGCUCCCUCCUGCGGCUCCCGAGCGCCAGCAGAAAGUUGGUUUCCCUGAAGAACCGCUGUUUGCCGGCCCCACGCCAUCCUCUUUGCUAGAGUCAUCUGGAAGUACACAAAGUGCGGUCUGAGCAGAGCUCUUCAGUGUUUGAAAUGCCACCACAGCUUAAGGAGGGGAUGGGAAGGCAAAGGAGGGAAAUGCCCCUGAAUGACUUGAGACCUCUGGUGACAGGAAUACCCAGUGAUACAAUAUACCUGACCAAGCAUUACUUGUCAGAUAUUAACUCAAGAAGCCGUCCCCAGGCAUAAGAAGGGCUGUUGUAUUUCAUACCCCAAGUUUGUCUUUAUUGAAAAAGCAUACACCAGCAUUGUGUAUCAAAACCAAGUUUCCUUGACUCAGCUCCUGAUGUGGAGAGCAAGUCUCUGUACUGAAACAUCCAAUGACUCCAGAAAAACAGGAAGGACAGUGAUGCUUAAAUUGGUAAAGUCACAGAAUUAACCUCUCACCAUUAGAAAACAACCAGUCCUAUCAAGCUUAUUUAAGGAUAAAUAUUGGAAUUUUGUAAAAUAUUUCUGUUUAGUAUCACAAAUCAAUAUAAAUAUCUAGAGUCAACAUUCUAUUGCCUUUGCCACAUGGACAAGCAGCUGAAUGUUAGCUUUAUAGUGCUUGCCCUUCUCUUUGGGUUAGAAUGUUUAUAUCUUCUUCACUGCCUCCUUUCAAAGGAAAAAAAGAAACAGUGGAGUGAUUGGGAGAAAUGCAAAAAUCAAAUGUUCUUGCAUUUUAAAUGACAAUAGUUCCUGCAAUUGCUAAGUGUGUCCUUUUGUCCAGCUUGAAAAUCUAAUAGAGGCAAGUAUAUGCAAGAAAAGAAUCUUUACUUGGCAGGAGCCUUCAGCUCAAAGAAGAUAGACAAAACAGUGCUAAAAGGAAUGGAGAGAACUGACAGCUUGUCAGACUUUUGAGUGUUUUGUGUAAAGCUGUCCUUUUGGAAGACAUCGGGAUUUUUUUGGUUGAGGAUCAAACAAUCCCCUAAUUUCCCUCCAUUGGCAAUAAGCCACAGUGCUGCAGCCCUAAUUUACUGGAGUGGGUUUUAAUUACAAGUGGAGUCUACAAAAUUUAUACUUCCAUUCUUCUGCAUAAACGAAAUAAAAGUUCAAGCUGAAGAUUUCAUGAGAUGAUGACUAUAUCAUUAAAUUAAUUAGAAAAGUUGGAAAAUUGUGAUUCUUAUUCAAAUUUGCAUUAAAUGUUCAUUGUCCAUCCCCUAUGGACUAAAUGAAACCUGUUUACUAUCAAUUUUAUUUUGAAAGGAAAAAAAAAAAUCAAACAAAGAAAAAGGGAAAUCCUGAUAUCAAUAGCAAAGCCCAAACCACAGUGCUACCUCCCACCCAUGCUGAAAAAUGUUUGCAAUAUGGCAUGCAGAGCUGCACAGCAGGGAGAGGGUGAAGGGAACUUAAAUCAGAAUUGACCGACACAUGGCUGAGAUUAGAAAUAGAAAUGAAAUUUCCCAGCCAAGAGAAACCACAAUAGCAUACAUAUUGUAAAAUGAAGGAGGAACUUUCUACACUUAACAGCCACAAUCUCAGCUUUCUUUAGAGCUCUGGACCAGCAGAGAAAAUAAUCAGAACCAUUCUGAAAGCUAUUCCUGACCUGGAAGGAAAAAAAGGAGAUAUAUGUGUUAGACAGUGAAUCAGUAUCCAUGUGUCCUUGUCCUUAUACAAUGCAGAUAAUUCUCUACACUGACUUUUAAGAUACUGUGGCCUUUCUCCAAAACUAAUACUUUAAUGUCAUUGCCUUGAUUUUCUUCUCUCACUAGUCCACAGGCAGAUUUAGUGGGAUAAAAAUAGAGAAAAUUGACAUAAGCAAUUAUAGUAUAAUUUAUUUGAUAUCAGAAGAUGAAUGUGUUUUAAGAAUUAUCUUUGUAUUUUUUUCCUGCACAAUGCAAAUACUGUUUCUGGGCUUACAUGUAAACCAGAGGGGUGUUGUUAUUCAAGAAAAUACAUUUCUCAAAUAAAGAUUUUGCAUGAGUACAC